AUGAUAAAUCUGGUUAUAUUAGGUAUAUGGUAUAGUAGAAAACAUUUAAUACAUAGUUAUUUGAUAAUUCCAUUGGGAAUAUUGAUUAUUUUGACAAUUCUUUAUGGUUUUAAUAUUUUAUUAACUCAAGUUUUUAAAAUUAAAUUUCCUUGUUCGGUAUUGGGUUUAUUAAUAAAUUUAAUAUUUUUAUGUAUAUUGAGUAUACUUGGAGAUUCAGAUAUAAAAUAUAUAAAAAACGGUUCAAGUUGGUUACUAACAAAUUAUUUAAUAUUAAUUAAACCACCAAUGAAUUUUACUUUAAAAUGGAUAAAUGUUUUUUUUAUACCUUCGUUCAUAAUUUUACCACUAUCCGAUCCAAUUACUUUUAUUGAAUGUGUUAAAAUUGCUGCUGUAUUUAUAUUUGGAAUGAUUAUAUUAUUUAUUUGUAAUGUGUAUUUUAUUAAAUCAUUAAAAUUUUUAUUAUCAAUUAAACAGGAUAAAAAGGAGGAGGAAAUUGAGUUGAUAGAGACUAGUAGCUCAAACGUUUUUACAUCAAUGAGGGAUGAUAUAACUACAAUUGAUGUUGACAGUCUUCGGCAUGUUAAAACCGAACCAAAUGUGACUAAAACCGUUGAAAAUCCAUUUGAGGAAACUGUAAGUUUGCCCGAACCUGUAUAUCCAAAACGAAAUCAUGUAAGAAGAUCUCCACCAUUAUCAUUUCAUGAACCUCCAAAACAAAUUGAGGUUUCUCAUAUACCAAAACUAACAAUAUUUGUAUCUAAAUAUAUCGAUUGGAUUUUAUAUUCAUUAUUAUUUAUAAUUUCAUUGCCAUUAUAUUAUAUUUCAUCAAUUCAUGUAUUUUUACCAUAUCAUUUAAGCAUUACAAUUUUAGCAUAUUAUACUGCAUUAUUAAUUCCGCAAUAUUAUCCUCAAACUAAAAAAUUUGCUCAUCCAAUCUUAAUCUCCACUGCAAUUAUAUUGUUUAUUUGUUUUAUUGGAUCUUUAAUUUAUCAUAAAAAUCCAAAGGGGUUUUUAAAUGAUUUAAAAUUUUAUAAAACUGGUAAAAAUUAUCUUCGUUUAUUUAAUAAUAAAAUUUUGAAUAAUAAUGGUAAAUCAAAUGAAAUUCCCGAGUUUACUGCAACACCAAAAUGGCCAGGAUGUGGAGAUUUUUUAAGUUCAUUAAUGGAUGUUUCAAUUGUUGCAUUAUCUUUACCUAUGUUUACUCAUCGAAAAGAUUUUAUAAAGAAUUUUUGGUUAUUAAUGCCAACUAUUUUAUUAUCUGUUGGUUUGACUUUUUUUAUUUAUCCGUUAUUUUGUAAUUUAAUUGGAAUUGAAGCUCAUAGAUCAAUUGGUUUUAUUGGUAGAUCUGUGACAUUAGCCUUGGGUACUCCCUUAAUUAAAGCACUUGGUGGCUCUGUUUCAUUAAUGGCUGUUUGUACAAUAUUAUCAGGUAUACUUGGUGUUUUAUUAAAUGAACCAAUAUUCAAGCUAUUAAGAGUUGCAAAAGGUGAUUUUGUAACUAGAGGUGUUUCAUUAGGUAUAAAUUGUGGUGCAAUUGCAACUGCUCAUUUAUUAAAUGUUGAUCCAAGAGCUGCAUCAAUGAGUUCAUUAAGUUUUUCAGUAUUUGGUACAGUUAUGGUUAUAAUGGCUUCAAUUAAUGCUAUACGUGAAUUAGUUAGAUCUUGGGUAGGACUAUGA